GGGGAAAAAAUUGUUAAACCUCUCUGUUGGUUCUAUCUUCCUCAUCGUCGUCGUCUCCUCCGAGUCCGUAAGCAUCGACGAUUCUCUCAUCUUCUCUCAUACACGACGACACUGGGUUUGAUUUAGAGUUGAAAGAUGUACAACGGAAUAGGGUUACAGACCGCUAGAGGAUCAGGAACUAAUGGUUAUGUUCAGACGAAUAAGUUCUUUGUGAGGCCUAGAAAUGGUGGUAAGCCUGUUAAUGGUGGUAAAGGGUUUGAGGAUGAUCAAGGUACUGCUGGUUUAUCUAAGAAACCCAAUAAAGCUAUCCUCGAGCAUGACCGAAAGCGUCAGAUUCAUCUUAAGCUUGCUAUUCUUGAGGAUAAGCUUGCUGAUCAGGGUUAUUCUGAUGCUGAGAUUGCUCAGAAGCUUGAGGAAGCUAGGUUGAGUCUUGAAGCUGCUGCUAAUGAGGAGAGUGAUGGGGCUGGUGACUCGAAGAUUUCUGAUACUCAAACUCAUCAGGUUGCUGCGAGGAAGGAGAAGCAGAUGGAAGCGUUUCGAGCUGCGUUGGGUUUGCCUGAUCAGAAAGAGGUGGCUGAAGAGGGUAUUAUUGAUGAUGAGCCGAUGGGGGAGGCUUAUGAAGGUAGAUUGAAAGAGAGACGGGAACAUUCAUUUUUGGACCGAGAUAGUGGGAGGAGGAAGGUAGAUGAGGAUGUGGAUGGGAAAGAUGGUAAGGUUAAGGAAAGCAAGAAGCCGCGGGGGGAGGAUGAUGAUGUGGAUGAAGUGAAGCGUCACAAGAAAAAAGACAGCAAGAAGAGAAGACAUGGUGAUUCAUCUGAUGAGUCUGAUGAGAAUGGCCGUGACCGUAGAAGGCGCUCUAAGAAGAAGGCUAAGGGGCGUAAACAAGAAAGUGAAAGUGACUCUAGCAGCUCGGAUUCUGAAUCUGACUCUGACAGUGAUGAUGGAAAGAAGAGAAGAAGGAAGAAGGCUUCAAAGAAACGCAGUAGAAGCAAAAGAAGUGUCUCUUCUGAUUCUGAGGAAGUUGAGAGUGAUGACAGCAAGAAACUUAGGAAGUCACACAAAAAGAGUCGCCCCUCCAACCGAUCUGGUUCUAAAGAAGUAAGGGACAAACAUGAUGAACAAAGCAAAGCUGGACGAAAGAGGCAUGAUUCUGAUGUUAGCGAGCCUGAGUCUGAGGAUAAUAAACAACCACUGCGAAAGAAAGAAGAGGCUUACCGUGGAGGACACAAGCAGAAAAGAGAUGAGGAAGAUGUGGAGGCCGAUUAUUUGAAAGACAGAUAUAGAGAUGGUUCUGGUGGCAAGAAAGCUGCACGAGACUCUGAUGACAGUGAGGCUGAGUACGAAAACAAGAAACAACUGCGCAGUAAAGUAGAAGCUUACAGUGCAGGAAUGAGCCAGAAAAGAACUGAGGAAGAAGAUGUGUCCAAACAUGGCAAGGACCAGUAUAGAAGUGAUUCUCGUGGCAAGAAAGUUGCAAGAGACUCUGAUGACAGUGAGGCUGAGUAUGAAAACAGGAGGAAGCUAAAGGAUGAGAGUUACCAAAGAGGAAGGAAGAACAUAAGAGAAGAGGACGAGGACUAUAAUAACCAUGGGAGGGACAGGUAUAGAAGUGAUGAUGCUGUUAAAAGACAUGGAACAAUUAAGGAAGACGAUAGGUAUAGAGGUCGAGCCAUUGAGGAAGAAGACAGCGAUAAAGGAGAUGAUGACAGGGGUAGAUACAGACCGAGACGUGAGUCUGUUAAGGAUGAUGAGGAAGAGUAUAAGCAUGGGAGAGACAGGUACAGAGGUGAUAAAGAGGACAGGUACAGAGGUGAUGCAAGACGUGCAACGGGUAGACGAGAUGAAGAUGAUGAUAGAGUAAGCAGAGAGCGUGACUACUCAAGCAAGAGUCGAAGUCGUUAUGAUGAUGGACGAUCAAGUGGCAAGAGAUCUUCCUAUGGUGAUGAUAGAGCUUGAUGAUUCUGUUUCAUCCAUGUGUCUUUUUAAGUAUCUUAAAUGUUUGUUGUGUGUUUUGUGGGUUUGUCACAAACAAUCCUUGUUUUUACUUUUGAGACGUUAAUUAAGGUUACAUGUUGGUCAAAUGUUGUCUUUUGGAUUGGAGCCAAAUCUCACAACACCUGGCUCAAUCUGGUGAAUUUGAUCAAUUGGUCACA